UCAAGACGGAUCUAGUAGCUCUAAGCCACUUUUGAGAAGCAAGCAAAUUCGGGCGCGUAUGGGAGGAUCGUGAAGAAAGUCGGGUACGAAGACGUCGUGCAGAUGACGGCGCACAGUGCAGGUGUGGGACAAGAUGUUCGAUGAGUAUCGAAAUGGGAUCGGUCGAGGCAUGUCCAUAGAGAGGAGGAAGAUAAUCCGCAUGAGAAGAGCACAUUUGUAUCUUACCACCACUAAUUCAGAAUUGACCGUGUCACAGCCUCUGCACCACUCCAACUGGAAUGCGUAUGAGCGCAGUUGACGGACUUGGAUGGGAUAGACGUAGGUCAAUGUUAAUGUUGAGGAGUAAGGCAGUUGGUGUCGCACAGGGACGGUCCGCCGUCAAGUAGCCCCUCAGGACAGGACAAAGUAUCAAUGUCGAGCUCGACGCAUUCAUACUUUGCCGUUUCCAAGCCCGUUUGCACACUAUAAACGGC